AUGUUGUUGACUACAAGUCGCGUGCUCACUAUUAGUAAACGCAGCUUUCAUGCGUAUCCGAUUGCCAAAAAGUUUGUGAUUACUCCCGAGAUCAAAGCAGCCAUUGGCAGAAAGGGGCCUGUUGUUGCUCUUGAGUCAACUAUUAUCAGUCAUGGCAUGCCAUACCCUCAAAAUGUCGAAACAGCAAAAGCAGUAGAAAACAUUAUCCGUGAACAGGGAGCAAUCCCGGCCACCAUUGCUCUCUUGGAUGGCAAAGUGCAUAUUGGCUUGACUGAUGAGACACUGGAGCAUUUGGGUAAGAUUGGACCCAAGGCGCAAAAGACAUCUAGGCGGGAUUUGGCUGUAGUGCUAUCUCAGAAUAGAGCAGGCGCAACCACCGUUGCUAGUACAAUGAUUUUGGCUAGAGCAGCCGGCAUUCCUAUAUUUGUUACAGGAGGCAUUGGAGGAGUACACAGAGGAGCUGAGCAAUCAUUUGAUAUCAGUGCGGAUUUGACUGAACUAGGAAGAACACCUGUAGCAGUGGUGUGUGCUGGUGUAAAGAGCAUCCUGGAUAUCCCAAAAACAUUAGAAGUGCUCGAGACACAAGGUGUCACUGUAACUACGGUUGGCAAAGACAACAAGUUUCCUGCCUUCUACACGCCUGACAGCGGGUUUAAGAGCCCAUAUUAUGUGGAAGAUCCACUGGCCGCUGCUAAAUCCAUUUACGCCAAUCAUGAAUUGGAGAUGAAUAGUGGCAUGGUUUUUGCCGUUCCAAUUCCCAGUGCAUCUGCUGCUGAUGCUGCAUCUAUUCAACGUGCCAUUGACAUUGCUAUUACAGAAGCUAGAGCGAAUAAUGUCCAUGGUAAAGAGGAGACUCCCUUCUUGCUAAAGCGUAUUGCUGAACUCACCAAAGGCGAAUCCUUGGCAGCAAACAUUGCACUUGUAAAGAACAAUGCCAAAAUUGGUGGUCAAAUUGCCGUGCAUUUAUCCAAAUUAAAGAACAGAGCUUAG